GAAAAUAACAUUUUUCAAAAGUAAAUAUCAAUAAAGUGAAUAACUUCAAAUAAAUUCAAUGAAAAAACGAAUAGAAAAUAAUACUUUAGUUUAUGCUUCCGUUUGUUCAGUUGGAACCGGAAGCAACGAGUUUAUAAAAUAACGAAAAUAAUUUUGAAAUUAAAAACAACAGAAGUUUAGCGUAUAACAAGUAAGGUAAACAAAAACAAACUUUAUAACUUUAUAUCCAUUAAAAACGAAAACAAAAAAACUACAGUAUAAAUAAUACGAUUGUUAAAAUAAUACAAUGAAAGAAACAGGAAAUGAAAAUAAAAUUUACAUCAGAAAACUAAAUAAACGUAGUAACACAUACAACAAAACAAAUAUUUCAAAUACAAUAACCCCAUCAUCAUCGAAGAGAAUUGAAAGCCAAAUAACAGAAGAAUAAAAAACAAUCCUUUCAAUUCCAAUAUGAAUUUAUUGUUCUUAAUUUAAGAGCAAAUAAAAUAAAUAUUAUUACUGCAACGACCACGACCAGCAGAACUAUUUAAUUGUCUUAAGUGUCAACCACACUUUCCAAGGACAAAUAAUAACACAACAUAAUGACAACAACGAGCAACAUAAUAGCGCCCAUGGCAGCAGCACUCUUACCAAGCACAUCGAGUAACACAAACGCAAUGACAUCAACUUUAACAAAUGUCUACGAAUCGACAUAUGUUGGCAACAGCAGCACAACUAACACAACUGCUUCGAAUAUUAGCAAGAAUAUUUUAAAUCACUUUAAAAAUCUCAGUACGACAGCAAACAUCUCCUUCAGCAACAUCAACAGCAACGACACUUACAAUGAAGACAGUGAAAUGUUACAGACCAUCGAAUACAUUGGAACCGUUUUGAGUUUCUACUACAUACCCAUCAUUGUAGGCACCGGUUCGAUUGGAAACAUUCUUUCGGUCUUUGUUUUCUUUAAAACAAAAUUACGCAAACUUUCGUCGAGUUUCUAUUUGGCCGCAUUGGCUGUAAGUGACACUUGCUUCUUGUUUGGUCUCUUUGUUCAGUGGCUAAAUUUUGUGGAGGUUCACAUCUAUAAUCGUGAAUACUUUUGCCAAUUCUUUACGUUCUUUAGUAAUUUGGCGUGUUUUUGUUCCGUAUGGUUUGUGGUUGCCUUUACGGUAGAACGUUUUAUAGCGGUCAUGUAUCCGCUGAGACGUCAGACCAUGUGUACGGUGCGAAGGGCCAAAAUAGUUUUAGUUGGUUUAACAUUAUUGGGUUGUUUGCACUGUGCACCUUUCUGGAUAUCCUCGACGCCCGUGUACUUGCCAAGUCUGGGAACAACAAUAUGUGAUAUUAAAAGUGAAUAUAAGGACUAUAUAACGCUACUUAAUUAUUGGGAUACACUUGUUGUAUUUGCUGUACCCUUUACAACAAUUGCUGUCUUAAACACAUUCACAGGAUGUACUGUUUGGAAAUUUGCUACAGUCAGAAGGACAUUAACAAUGCAAAAAAUGAAAACCCAACAUUUACCCCUACACGGUACAAUGUCAUCGCCUUCAUCAUCCUAUUCCACAAAGGACAGCGGAACAGUGGCAACAGCUGCAACAAAUUUAACAAAUACAUCAACUACUACAACUGCAACAAUGGAACAACAACAUUCGCAACAUAUUUCAACAUAUCGUAUCACGUCUUCAUCUUUAAAACGACAAAAAGCAACAUCAUGUAAUCUACUUCAACAAGCAGAAGUUCAAAAGCAUCAUACACACACGCAUCCAAAUCGUGCAACCAUGAUAAAACAUGCUACAAGUGGUGAUAUAUUCUCAAGGAAAUCAAGAAAACGAAAAGUUACGAAUUCAUCACAAUUGAAAGUAACAAAAAUGUUGUUGAUUGUCUCAACGGUCUUUGUGUGUUUAAAUUUGCCAAGUUUUAUCAUGAGAAUGAUUACGUACUUGGAGUUACAUCACAAUUUUGCUUAA